AUGACUUCUUCUACUACACUUCGAUUCACUGUUUAUUCAGUUGUUCUUUUGGCACUUGUUGAAUAUUCUUCGGCUUGUUUUGCAUCUGGAAUUUGUGGCGGAGGAUGUGCACCACCGCCGCCACCAGUCUGCUCAGGUGGAUGUGGAGGAGGAUAUGCUUGUGGAAGAUACGGUUGCUACAGUGCCAAAGCUCGUGGAUCGAAGACUCUAACCAUUAAAAAUGAAGUGAGUUUUAUUCUUUUUUUUUAGAAAAAAAUUGAAAACAAUAAUUUUUUAGAAAGACAUGACACCUGAUGAGAAAUUCAUGAAAUGCUGUGAAGACCGUAAUUUGCCAGAUUCCUGCCUCGGAAAAUGCUCAUUCCGCACAUACACCAAAGCUGCUCUUCAAGCUAUGUACUUCAAACAAGAUCGAUGCCCAAUGCAAGCUGCUGCCGAUAUUCAAUACUGUGCUGCUCAAGGACGUGAUCAUAGUGAUUGUUGUGUCAGAAACGGUGUUACUACUACUUUGGCCGGAGGAAAGGUAAACUUUUCGAAAUCUUUAAAUAAUAUAUUUAAAAAAUAAUUUUUCAGUGCUUGACAUUCUGCGACCAACGUCCAGGAAAUGUUACCCAACUCGACUUCACAUAUUUGGCUUGUUAUGAUCGUUUCGAAAACAUGAAAUCGUGCUUCUGGCAAGAUAUUGUUGACCAAUCUGCUCCAAGCUUCUCAUUCAACACUGACACUGAAGUCAAUCAAGAAGAAGAGCAACCAAGAUUUGCUCUCGGCUCAUCAAGAACUUUCCAAGCCAAAACAUUCGGACAAUAA